AAUUAUAAAAACAUACAAUAAAUUCAAUGUUUUCACCACAGAUACAAAAAAACAACAACAAUGUAGCCAUUAAUCUACUGUCAGUUUAAGGAAGCAAAGUAAAGAAAACCAGUCACAGCUCCCAGAGAUCUUAGACACUCAAACCUUCAUCUAUCUGCUCUGCUAAUCGUUUAUAUCUGUAUCAUCUGUUGCUCACAGAUCAUUUUCCUCUCAAGCGGAGAAGUAUUCUCCCGCUGAACUCAUGCUGCUCAGAAUACGAAUGCUGCUUACAUUAGAUUCUAAAAAUCAAUAGGAUCCUUUCCCAAUCUGUAUUAAUUCCUCUCUCAGAUUGUCUCUCAAGCUUUGAAGCUCUGCUUUUACUGCAGAAUGAAGAGGAUGUCGAAGGAGAAAGGACGUGAGGGGAAUCUGAGGGCAUUUACACUUUGAGAUCAAGUCAUGGGUGAAAUGUGUGGUGCUAGUUUGGACAAAAGAAAUUCAGACUUUUAAAUGCCCACUGCUGCACUGAGCUUUGAAGUGCCGCACUGAGAGGGAACCACUAAUUUUGGCUUUCUGGUUGGUCGUGAUUCAUUUUCUCAAUGGACUGUGUGCCAUUUAAACACCUGGAGGUGGAAUACAAAACACGCCAGAUCUCUGUGAUGCAAGCUGGGUGCUUUACAAGAGCACGUAAAAAAGGACUUUUUUUUUUUCCCCCUUCCCAGAAAAUGAUGUCAUUGCAGUGAGUGGCUUAGGUUUGGGGAGCUUUCAUGUCAUAAUUAAAAGCGGAACAUACAUGAACACAUGCAACGUUCGAAGAGCUUGGAAACGAGCUGAAUUAUGAGCAUUUCGGUGCUUACUGCAGCCUCUGUGAGGAGGAGACUGUAAAGCAAACGCACGGAAAUUGAGAAACGCAGACACAAGGAGGAGGCAUGAGUGUGCAUGCUGAUUGGGAUGAGAGUGCGUGGAGCCGCUGAGCUGCAGAACUUCCGAAUCCAGCAGAUGGGAAAGUCCACGUCCUGGCUUUGUGAUGAUCCGUGGGAGCAACAUGCAACUCGCGCCGCUGCCUCGCACUGCUGCAGUGGAGGAGUAAAUGCAGAGCCCGACACUGCUCCAGGUGAUCCACAGCAGCCCAGCAGACUGCUCCCUCCUCAGCCUUCCCUCUCCUCUUCUUCCUCCUUCUCCUUCUUUACCUCCACCUUUUCCCUCCUCCACCUUUUCCUCCACCUCCUUCUCUUCUUCCUCCUCCUAUGUCAGCGCUCCUUUCUUCUGUGGGCUUUGGAAAAGAUAAGAAAGGAACAGAAAAAAACCACACACACAGAGGAGGAAUCCUGCUUUCCCCCGCUGAUCUCAAAUGAGACACACCUCUGCAUGACUAUCAGCCGCUUCCCUGUCAUCGUGUGAAGACGCGCCGCAUAUGUGCUCCAAUGUCUCUGGAACAUAGAGCUGCUGCAAGACCAGAAGUUUACAUCUUGGUCCCCUCCUCGGAAGGUAAAUGAAGGCAGACGUCUCCCCCCUGCCAGGAACAUGAAGGGCUUAUCGGGCAGUCGUUCCCAGCACCAUAUCCCUUUACCUCAUGGUUUUGACUACGAUCCCCACAUCCACGAUUUCCAUGGCCACCAUGGCUCCGAGUCCCGCCACCCAUCAUACCUGCUCAGUCCCACUGAGAGCUGCCCCGUGGACUUCCACCACCGGUACUCGCCCCGAAGCUCCAUCCACUCUGACUGCAUGAUGAUGUCCCCUGUCAUGAUGCCCCCACCUGCCGCAUCAGACCACAUCUCCAGCAGCACCUUCCCCAGAAUGCACUACAGCUCUCAGUAUUACGACUCAGCCACCCGGGAAGACUGCGCUGCCAUCACGGCCUCCGCCACCUCGCCGACUGUCACUGCUGCGGCAGCCGCUGCUGCUGCCUCCUCCCACCACGCCGGCACCAAAAGCAAUCGACUUCCAGCUAACCUGCUAGACCAGUUUGAGAAACAACUGCCACUUCACCGCGAUGGCUUCCACACGCUACAGUACCAGCGCACGUCCACAACCACCGAGCAACGCAGCGAGAGUCCCGGCCGCAUUAGACACCUCGUUCAUUCGGUUCAGAAACUCUUCACCAAGUCCCACUCUUUGGAGGGGUCAUCCAAGAUGAAUGGCACAAAAGGUGAUAUAGGAGGUGGAGCAGGGUCAUAUUACCAUCAUGGCCACCACUCCACCAGACACGGCAGCAAGAGGAGCAAAAGUAAAGAACGUAAGCACCGCUCUGGAGGUUGGUGGAGCUCUGAUGACAACUUGGACAGUGACAGCACCUACCGCACACCGAGUGUAAUGUCGAGACACCACGGGGAACAUGUCAGCCACUGCUACCCAGAAUCCAUGCACAGCCACCACUUUGGAGAAAUGUCGCUCAAGGGCUCCAAGAGUAACAACGAUGUCAAGUGCUCAGCCUGUGAAAGCAUGGCCAUGGCACCUGAGGGAAAAUUCAUGAAGAGGAGCUCCUGGUCGACACUCACAGUCAGCCAAGCCAAGGAGGCCUAUAGGAAGUCAUCACUUAAUCUGGACAAACCCAUGAUGCACACCGACCUCAAAACGUCUUCACGAGCAUGUCACUACCUUCAGGUACCCCAAGAUGAGUGGAGCGGUUACCCCGGUGACAAAGACGAGGAGAUUCCAUGUCGCCGCAUGCGGAGCAGUAGCUACGUCAAAGCUAUGGGAGAGCUGGAGGAUGAAAGCGGAGACUCCGACACGAGUCCUAAGACUUCUCCACAGGCAGCCAUUCGUCCUGAUGCUCUUGUCCUUAAAUCAGCCAUGCAGAGACCCCAUUUAGACUCCCAAAGCCAGGGUUACCACUUGCAAACCAGAGAUUUGCGGCCCCACCCAAGUGUCACGCUGGAUCCUGCCACCUCCUUUCAUCCCCCUCCUUUUCGCUCUCGCAACCAGAGCUACAUGCGUGCCGUUAGCACCCUCAGUCAAGCUAGCUGCGUCAGCCAGGUGAGUGAGACUGAGAUCAAUGGCCAGUUUGAGUCAGUUUGCGAGUCCGUUUUUAGUGAAGUAGAAUCACAGGCCAUGGAGGCCUUGGACCUGCCUGGUUCGUUCCGCACUCGAAGCCACAGUUACCUCCGUGCAAUUCAGGCUGGUUAUUCCCAAGAUGACGACUGCUUGCCUUCAAUGACAUCCUCCACUGUCACUUCAACUCUCAGAUCCACAACAGGCGCCCGUAGUUUAGCUGGGGGGCGUAGGGAGUACGGUAGGUCUGGGAUUCAGUUUCGUCUCCCUACUUCAUGCAGUGUGGACCGUGCUCAGCCCCCUCCAGCGGUUUCAUAUCCUCCCAGUUACAAGAAGACCCCACCUCCUGUGCCCCCGCGCGCCACCACCAAGCCUCUUAUUUCUGUGACAGCCCAGAGCAGCACAGAGUCCACCCAGGAUGCCUACCCGGAAGGCAGGCAUUCGCGAGGAGGUCUGUGGACCACGGAUAGCCUUGGGCGCCCUAUCUACAGCUCCACGGACAGCCUGGACAGCACCAAGGCGGUCAACAUGGCCAUGGAAUCAGCGGCAGGCAAGAGGCAUGCGUUGGUGGGGAGUCACACCUCCGUCCAGACAUGUGACAAGGCGGUACUGGUAUCAAAGGCUGAGGAGUACCUCAAAACCCCACGUUCUUCUAUUGGUAUACAGGUGGAGACUGUGGCAGACUCUGAGGCUGACAGUAAAGGCCUUCCUCAGUUUCACUCCAUAGGGAUCCAGGUGGAAGACAGGAAAAGGCACGGGAGGUUCAAGCGCUCCAACAGUGUCACCACGGCGGUGCAAGCAGACUUGGAGCUGGAAGGCUUUCCUUCCAUGGAGGACAAAGGCCUGCAGUUCGGUGGCGCCUUCGGACGCCACUCUGAGCCCAGCACACCAACUCAGUAUGGAGCCAUCCGAACUGUCCGCACGCAGGGUCUUUUCAGCUAUAGGGAGGACUACCGGCCUUCCAGUGGGCGAUCCAGCCCCCAGCCCGAACCCUGGUUGGUGGAACCCAGCCUGGAGAGCACCGACUCAGGCCGAGUAUCCCCCCUCCGGAGGGACGGCAGCUGGUUCAUGCAACUCCUUCACAACGAAACAAAGAGGCUUGAGGAAUGGUGCAAAGAGAUGGAAAGAGAAGCAGAGGAACAUGACCUGUCAGAGGAGAUCCUAGGGAAAAUCCGGAGUGCAGUUGGAAGUGCUCAGCUACUAAUGUCUCAAAAGUUUCAGCAAUUUUACUGGUUGUGCCAACAGAAUCUGGACCCCAGUGCCAUGCCUCGACCCACAUCUCAGGACCUGGCUGGAUUCUGGGACCUUUUGCAGCUUACCAUUGAUGACGUCACUGCCAAGUUUGAUGAGCUGGAGCAGAUCAAGAGCAACCAGUGGCAGCUGGUGGAGAGCCCCGAAAAGAAGGAGCAAAAGUGGCCCCCUCCUCUGCCAAAGAGGCCAGCCAGGGGCCGUGGUGGUGUGAUGAGGGAGCGCUCUCUCGACCUCCAGGACCGCCAGCGACAGGAAGCCCGCAGACGCCUCAUGGCUGCCAAACGAGCAGCUUCUUUCAGACAGAACUCAGCCACGGAGAGGGCGGACAGCAUUGAGAUCUACAUCCCAGAGGCCCAAACGCGGCUUUGAGGUCCACACAAUCCUCCUUAGCUCCUGUAGUCCAUCUCCAUCUGACACCAGCAGGUCGCGGCACAACAUCUGCCCUCUGUCUCCUGUUUGCUGAAUCUUUUUUACAUGCUGUCCUGGCUGUCCCUGAAAAGAAAGUACACUGGGCAAAGAUUUUAACACAAAAUGUUGCCCUCCCCCUUUUUUUUUUAUCUGCAUAAAUGACAACAGUGAUGAAUGAUAAAAUGCACGGGAGUCUGAUUUUUUUACCACGUUUUUAAACCCCAACAAUCUGGGGGAGAAAAAAAUGAUACAGCAAACAAUUUUUUUCAGUUUUCAUUUGAUAUUCCUCAGCUAAAAGUCGCCCAGCGCCAGCCAAACAUUAUAAAUACAGAGGCUGUUAAUGUCCACAAGAUCUACCUUUGCCAAGUGUAUCUUAAAGAUCACAGGGGCAUUUGCCAAUGGCUGAGAACGAGCUGACAUAAAGUAAAACAACAGCUGCCCGAAUUAAAUCAGUUUUAAGACUUAUUUUGGCCUUUUUGGUCCAUCUAAAUUGUUGCUGUUUCCGAACUGUGUCAAAGGACGAAAACACUUUUUUUCCCCCCUUUCAAAGAAACAAACCGCUACUUUUCCCUGCUCGCAACAACGGUCUGUGGCUAAAGCACCCUGUGUGAUUCGUUACCAUAUUAUUUCUUUGCAGUAUAAUUUUAAAUUUCUUUGCUUUUUCUUUAUUUUAUUUUUUUUUUAAUAAGGUGAAAACCUGAAGAAAAGUUUGACUUUUUAAAAUAAAGCGUUCAAUUUGCCAUGGUUGAUGUGGCAAAUACUUGACAUAUUUUUCUUUGAUCGUCCUUUAAUCAGUCGUGCUGCAGCCAUUAACCAUUGUUGCUGGCUAGGAUUUAAAAAAAAUAAUAGAAUAACACUAAAGAAUCCAUCCAAAAAUCAUUUCCAUCCCUGCAAUACCAUUCAGUCUUAGGACUUUUUUAAAGAUGUGUGAAUUACUACUAGCUGCUGUCCACAUUUCCACUGCAGAACAAAUAUGAAUUAUUAACAAAAA